AUGGACCCCCAACAGUCUGCCCUCCCACUGCAGCUGCAUGGCAACACUUUUGCUAUGAGCUCUGGACAAGUGCCAAAACUAAGCGCGGGAUACAAUGGAGGAGGAGGAGGAGGUGGUGGAGGAGGCCAAGAAGCAGAACUUAAUCAGCAAAACAUGACCUCCUCUGCUCAUGUCAGUUCCAGGUUGAGCCCAGAUGAACGGUUUCAGUGCCCACUGGAGCCUCUGGUUCACUGCCAUGCCAAGGGCAAGCUGGACAUCAAGAGCAGGAGCUGCAGUCUACUCACCAUCUGCCGCUCAGGAGUAAUUUUUCCCUGGAUGAAUCCACGGACAACUGACUCAGAACAAUCUGUCAGCGGUGAUGUGCGGGCCGGUCUCCCGGGCAGAGGUGGAGGCAGGCGUGGUGUCAGAAGAGAGAGAACAGCCUUCACCAACAGCCAGCUGCUGGAGCUGGAGAAGGAGUUCCACUUUAGCCCUUACCUGUGCCGCCCUCGGAGGCUGGAGAUGGCAGCAGGGCUGCAGCUCACCGAUCGCCAGGUCAAGAUCUGGUUUCAAAACCGCAGGAUGAAGUACAAGAAAGAGCACAAGCAUGAAAAGGUGGUGAGUCCAUCCCGGUGGUCUCCUUGCAACCCCUCCUCCAGCUCAAGCUCAUGUGCAGACCACCAGAGGCUCCCAAGUGCUUUUGUUGUCAGAACCCCUUCCUCUGAUGUGCAUUUCGUGGACUAUGCUCCUAUGUCUUCCUCUCCUUUUGGUUUUCAUUGCGAGGCCAGCAAUGGUCAGUGUAUUCACCCUGCAGACCUGCCCCAUCUGAACUACAUACUUCCAUCUGUUGCAAAUGGUCCACCACCCUCCUCUAUGGGCACAGAGAGUCAUCAACAUGCUGGCUUUUCAAAUUGGCCCUAGA